AUGGCGCGCGCCGCAGGAAGCGCCCUUUGUCCCGCCGGACCAACCGCCGGGUCCAACCGCCGCCUUGCCCGGGGCCCCUCCCGACGCCUUCCCCUUCUCCCUCCCCGCCCUCCCGCCGCCUCCGCCGCCCUUUUGCUUUUUGCUUUUUUCCCAGCUGACAGCCGGCGGCCCGGCCGGCAUGGAGAACGUGCCGUCUACAACGAGACCACCGAGCCGGAGGCGAAGCGGCCCCGCCGCCGCCCCUUCGCCUGCACCCUGCGGCACCUGCCGGGGUGGCGGCUGCCAGCGAAGGCGGUCCAGGCGAUUUUCUCCUUUGUGGCUGUUACUUGUGAAGAAAUUGUGCAGGAUUGUGGCAAUUGUGGUGGACUUUACUUCUUUGAAUUCACUAGCUGCAGUGCCUUUCUUUUGAGCCUCCUGAUUCUGUCUGUGUAUUGCACUGAUGUAUAUGAAACACUGGGGGAAGAUAAAGUAGAGAAACUGAAUUUUUGGGCCAUGCCAGUCAUAGCUGCCUGGUUUGUGUUAGCAUCAAUAGUGUUUGCUCUGACCAGCUCUGGCUCUGCUGUUGAAAGUGUUGCAUGUACAUUUGGAUUUCUUGCAAGUAUUGCAUUUGUAGUUGAAUUUGUUAUACAGUGCAUUCACAGGCGAAAGCAAAACGUCGCUGGACAAUCUGAAAAUCCUGGUAACACUCCGAGAGCCACAGAAAAUCAGCCACUGAAUAAACAAACCUAACUUCACGAAA